GGACAAUUGGAGCAUGCGACAGCAACGAACAGUUCACCAUGGCGCUGCCUAAAUCUAUACGCCUUCUCGGCGUAGCCACGGUCGCUAUCUUCAUUUACUUAUGUCUGCUCAUAUUCCAAGCCCCCGCGUCGAUAGACUCGCCGUCGUCGGGAAUGAAGCUGGAGAAGAUGACCAGAGACCCUAACUUGGACCCUACCGGCGAACCUCCAGAACCUCUCCAUAGAGUCUCAGGGAACAACUACGCACCUGACAAUCCCAACUCUGAUCGCAUAAACGCAACCCUACUUGCCCUUGUUCGCAACCAUGAGCUUAAAGACAUGCUGAUGUCAGUCCGCGACCUUGAGCGAACAUUCAAUCGCAAAUUCAACUAUCCUUGGCUAUUUCUCAACGACGAGCCGUUCACCGAGGAAUUCAAGAACGGGAUCAGGGCGGCUACCAAGGCCGAAGUCAAGUUUGAACUGGUCCCUAAGGAACACUGGGCCGUGCCAAGCUGGAUCAAUGAGGAUCUGUAUGAGGAGUCUGUCGCGGUGCUGAAAGAGCAGAAGGUGCAAUACAUGGACAAGAAGAGCUACCAUCAGAUGUGCCGAUGGAACAGUGGCAUGUUCUACAAACACCCCGCCCUUCUGAACACGCGAUACUACUGGCGUGUAGAGCCGCACGUUCACUUUUUCUGCGAUAUAGAUUACGAUGUUUUCCGAUAUAUGCAGGAUCACAACAAAACCUACGGCUUUACCAUCAACCUUUACGACAGUCCGGAGUCGGUGGCGGGUCUCUGGCCGGUAACGCAGCAGUUCAUGGCUGACCAUCCGGAGUACUUGCACCCAAACAAUGCACUCAAGUGGUUAAUCGACAGCGAGCACAGGAAAGAAAAUAACCAGAAGGCGAAUGGCUACUCGACGUGCCACUUCUGGAGCAAUUUUGAGAUUGCAGACAUGGACUUUUGGAGGAGCGAGGCCUACGAGGCCUAUUUCAAUUAUCUGGACAGAGCUGGCGGCUUCUUCUACGAGAGAUGGGGCGAUGCGCCCGUGCAUUCCAUUGGUUUAGGUCUAUUCGAAGAUGCGAGCAAGAUUCACUGGUUCCGAGAUAUUGGUUACCAGCAUAUCCCUUUCUUUAACUGUCCAAAUUCGCCCAAGUGCAGUGGCUGUCAGACUGGUCGGUUCACAGAUGGUGAGGCUUGGCUGAACCGUGACGAUUGCCGGCCGGUCUGGUUUAAGCACGUAGGCAUGGGUUAGAAGGCAGUGAUCGACAAUGUUCGAUGACAUCUUAUGCGUUAUCUGUCGCGUCAGUUUGAUGUUAUGGUCCCUCGAGACCUCCUACGUUGGAGUUAAAUAAAUUUUUGGCUCCAACUGCAUAGCAUGGCGUUACGGAUGCGAGAUUUCGAAGGUGGUAGACGGUCAGGUGUUUUUAUUUUGGCAGAACAUGAACCAAGAAAAGCCUAUGUUACAUAGCUCAUAUCCACUGUAGAAUUACAACAAAUGGAAUAACAUGCUCAAGUAGAUUCACCGUGGCUUUGUGGGCAUUCGAUGGGCUGGACAAUUUGGG